UAUGCAGCUUCCUGUAGAAAUGUCCCCACUGAGGAUUGUGCUGCUGGGCAAAACUGGGAGUGGAAAGAGUGCCUCAGGAAAGACCAUCCUGGGGAGGGGAACUUUUACAAUAGAAGUCACUGAAACCUGUGCUAAGAUGCACACUGAGGUGGAUGGUAGACAGGUUGCGUUGAUCGAUACACCAGGAUCAAUUGAUACAGAAAAUGAGACAGAUAUGCUGAAAAAUGAGCUAAUGAAGUUAUCUCUUCCUGGGCCCCAUGCCUUCCUGCUGAUGAUCAGACUGGAUGCAAGAUUCACAGAGGAGAGGAACACAGUGACGUGGAUCCAGGAGACCUUUGGUGAAGAAGUUUUAAAGUACACCAUAGUGCUCCUUUCUCAUGGAGAUAUGCUGGAGGGAGAACCAAUGGAGGAAUUUCUGCAGAGACGUCCUGCUCUCUCUUCCCUUAUUAAAGAUGCUGGGGGUAGAUAUCAUGUCCUCAACAAUAAGAGUGAAGACAGGACUCAGGUCAGAGAGCUACUGGAGAAAAUAGAGGCCAUGAUGGGGGAGAAUGGAGGAGGGUACUAUGAGUGGAUGAGCCCAUGGGAGACAAAGAGGGAGAUCAUGUCAGGAACAGUAAGAGUAGUACUAUCAAUAGUCCUAGCACUUGUCAAGGUAGUAGUAAAAACAUCAGAACAAGUGUUAAAAUAUUCAAUAAAAGAAGCAGAAGCAUGGGCACCAACAGAAAAAGGAAGGUGA